AUGGAGCCCGCUACCGUCAACCCGUUUGAGCGGCUGCCCGAAGAUCUUGUCAAAAACAUCAUGGGGCGCGUCCUGUGGAGCCCCUUUGAACUUGGCGUUACAAAAGCAAGGAGGAAGUUGCAUCUGGGGUUGCUUUGCAAGCAAUUCUGGGAAGCAAUCCCUGCUCUCGAAAUCCUUGAGUGGGAGAUUGGCAACGUUGAUGAUGAGCAGAAGUUUCUGCAUUUUGCGGAUGCAAGGCAAGAGGGGCUCCAGUUGAAGCGGCUGGCUCUCAAUGUCGCGCACCCAAGCACGUUGCAGGGGAUCCUCCAGGCCGUUGUUCCCCCAGCGCGAGAAACGCUAAAGGAGAUCUACCUUUUCCUAGAUGACAAAGAUGAGGAAACCCAGGUAGACUGGCACAGCGCUCUGUCCCUCUUCCAGGAGUGCAAGAACCUGGAGGUCCUUCAUCUUGCAAUUUGGGUUGCCUCAAGUGUUGUUACAGAGGACAAUAGUGUCCUGCAUGCAGACCAGCUCUGCCUCAAACCCUUUCCUGCCCUGCGAUCCCUCACUCUGUUUGGCUUCUUCUUCGUGGGCGAAUCCGGUACUUUCCUCCAAAGCUUCCCUUUGUUAGAGAGCCUGGAGCUUUCAGAUGGUCAGAACCACAACUACGGCUCUAACCCCCUCAAGAAGUUUUACAUGUGGGGAAAGGCUCAAUUGGGGUUGGAUGUUAGGAACCCUGCAUUGGCGACCGUCCCAGGGGGUCUACCGAUGCUUCUAGGCUUCCUGCGCAGUGGCAGCUUCUCAGAGGAAAGCGAGCAGAAAGACUGGGCUGUGCAUAUGCUGAGUGAGCUGUCCUCAGACGCAGCGUGUCGAGAGGUGCUCGGAAAGCUGCCGGGCUUUGUUGAGACGUUACUGGGGAUCUUCUGUGACCGGGAGGGUUGGGGUGACAGAAGAUUCUCUGCAUUCGAAGCGCUCAGAAGCCUUGCAACGUGCCCCAAGAACAGGAGACUCAUGGCCAGUGUACCAGGAUGCCUGCCGCAGCUGGGGGCCUUCCUGAAAGAGUAUGCCGAUGAUCUGAUGGCACCACAAGCGACAGAGCUGCUCGCGUGCUUGACAGAGGACGACGAGGUUGGGGAGGUUGUCGGGUGCAUGCCAGAGUUGCUUGGGCUUCUAGUCGGCGCUCUGGGCGAUAAGGAGUUGGCAGAGCGAGCCGCCGAGCUUCUGCUUCAUUUGAGCAGGGGAGCAGGGGUCAGGGAGAGACUUGCCAGAUCGACGACUCUCCUCCAGAAGGUUGCCAACCUUCUGACCAUGCGAAACCCCGUUGACGUGCAGACGGCAGUUGCGAGCAUUUUGUUGCAGCUGAAGCGGGACGGAGAGUGGGGGGCUGCCAUGAGCAGAGUUGAGCCGUUUUUGCGGCAGCAGUUGGACAUAAUGGGGAGCGGAGACGAGCUCGUCAGUCUGAAGGCGACUCUGACAAUCCUGACGGGUAAUGCGGAGACGUGCAAGGCGCUGUGUCAGAUUGACGGGAGCAUACAGACGCUCGUGGGGUUUCUGGGCAGCAACAGUGUGUGGUUGCAAAAUGGUGCAGUGGAGACGCUAGCCCAAGUGGUGCGACUUGUUGAGGGGAUGGAUGAGGCACUCGCUCAAUUGCCGGAGUUUGUUGGUUACCUCGUCGCGCUUGCGAGUUCGCCUAAAGAAGAAUCAAGGUGCGCGGCAGCCGAUGUGCUGGCACGUUGCUCGACAAAGAGCCCCGUGGCAUUGAAGGGGUUCCAGGUAACCAGGGAGGCAAUCGUGUUGCCCAGGUUACUCUCUUCCAUGACUUUUAUGGAGGGGACCACGCCAGAGGGCGGGAUGAGCCCGUUACAGCAUUUGAUGGAGCUUCUGAAGAGCGUGCGCCAAGAGGCGGAGAAGAAGCGAAUCGUCGCGGGCAUGCCUGGCUGUCUUGAGGGGCUCGUUGGUCUCCUGGAAUGUAGGCCCGACCUCCAAGAAGCGGGGGCGGCUACUUUGAGGUUUCUGGCAAUGGACGUUGAAGCCCGGAAAGCGGUGGCGAAAGUUCCUGGGGUUUUCGAGAGACUUCUCAAGGGGCUAGACGGAAGCGAUUGCGCUAAGGGGGAGGUUCUUCUGGUCCUCAAUCUCUUGGCGCUGGAGAAGGAGCCGUGCCGCGCAAUCAAGGAGUCCCCGGGGUGUGUCGAAAAGGUGGUUGCACUUUUGGAGGGGAGUUCGAACAUCGGUCUGCAAGCCCCGGCCGCAGCACUGCUGACUGCGUUAGGGGAGGAAGGAGCUAUCGCUGACCUUCCUGGAGUGCUCCACAAUUUGGUGAGUUACUUGGAAGAGGGGACAGGAGGUGCGGUGCAGUUGGUAGGAAUGAUGCUCUCGCACCUGAUGAAGGGGCCUGAAUUCUGGAGACUUUUCACUGAUCCCAGGGGGCAGCUCCUACAGAAAAUGGUGGGUUUUCUGGAGGGCCGGCCGUUCUGGCUGCAGCAGAAUGCAGCAGAUGUCCUGCACCACGUGGCUGUGAACCCAGAAGGCGCGAGAAGAAUGGUGGACGUGCCGGGGUGCAUAGAGAAGCUGGUCGCUUGCAUCGGUAAGAGUGAGCCAAGGCUUUCGGAGCUCGCCGGAAGGGUCCUGUUGCGCCUGACGGGGCCGAGUGGUCCGGAGGUCAGAAGACUCGUUGCCAAGGUGCCGGGCGUUGUGGAAGGUUUAUCGGACGCUUUGAACAAUGGGAGCGCAGCGGCACAAGCGGCCGCGGGGCCAAGUCUAUGCAAGCUGGCGUUGAGUGCGGAGGGCAGGGCAGUGAUGGCGCGUGUGCCGGGGUGCCUUGGCACAUUGUUCCGAAUGCUGGAGUCGGUGAAUCCAGUGGUCUGCUCAAAUGCAGUGGGUGCGUUGGCCUGGCUGGCAAAAGACAGCGGAGUUGAGCAAGCGGUCGUGAGAGCGGCCAAUGAGCAGCCUCGUGCUAUUGAAAACCUGGUGGCACUAUUAGGCAGAGGGGCUGCGGCUACUCGGGCGUACGCGGGGGGUGUUUUGGCGGCUCUCGCGAAGGAAGCGGAGAAUGCAGCGAAGAUGGUGAGCCUGCCGGGGUGUCUGGGGGCCGUGGUGCGUUUAGCGGAAGAAGGGGGGGUUGAGACAUCAGUUGCCGUUCUGCUGCUGCGAAACUUGGCCGCCCAUCCUGGGGUGCGGAUGGUCCUGAAGGGGAAACCGGACGUACGAGCGGCUCUUAUUGCCAUUUUGGACGGCAGGGCCACGGGCAACGUUCGGAGUUGCGCGGCUGAGGCGUUGGCGGCCCUGGAUUCGGGCGGGGGGGACAAUGGAGGGUUGGGGAGCGCAGAGAGCUUGCUGGAAACGAACCGGGUUGAUCCAGUUGCGUAUGGAGCGGUAAGUAGAGCGGGAGGGUCAGAAGAGGAGCCGGUAUUUGGGGAGGCUCGAAGCGAGUCGGGAGAUUCCGGGUUGGGUCGAAGUUUUUGGGUUGACGGAUCGGGGGGUCCAGGAGAGCCGGGGGCGAUGGAUGAAGCCGAGAACGCUCUGCCGACCGCGGGUAGACUGCCAAGCGCGGGGAGAUUCGCAGAACAACUGGAGAGAUUAACGGACGCCAGGAGCGGUUUGCAGAGUGCGGGUUUAGUGGCAGACGGAGCGCCGGGAGGCGCAGGGGCGGUUGGGGCUGCCGAAUCCGAAGCUGCGCCUGAACAGGAAGCAGAGCUGUCAGGGGAAAGGAGGGACGAGAUCGAUGGCGCAGCGCGAAACCGGGAACACAUAAAUGGGUCGAAGACACAAGCAGAUGUCAAGCACGAAGAAAGAGAAGGGAUCGGAAGCGGACGCGUGGCACUUCGGGCGAUCGUGCUGAAGAGGGACGAGAAAGCACGAGCGACGACCGAGACGUAG